AUGAUAAAAUACUUACUCCUUUGUCUCCUAGCUAUCAUUACUAGUGGAGCAGUAUUGGGAAUUGAUUUCGGAUCUGAAUUUAUUAAGGCAGUUUUAAUAAGUCCUGGCAAAUCUUUCACAAUCAUUGAGAAUACUACAAGCAAACGUAAAACAGAAAAUGCUGUAUAAUCAAUAAUCUAUGCUUAAGAUUGCAUUUUAUAAUAAGGAGCGUUUAUAUGAGAGUGAUGGUGCUUCUAAGAAAUCCAAAUUACCUAAGAAUACAUUUACAUUCUUAAACAAAUUUUUAGGAGCAUUAGCUAAUGACGAAAAAUUAAUAGAAAUUUCUAAACAGUUCUAUGAAGAUUUUAAAAUAGAGAUUGAAGAAGUAUAGAUACAAACCAUAUAAUUUUAGAGAGAAGGAACAUUUGCCUUUGAAGUUGAUGGUGUAUUGGUAGAAGGAAAGGAUACUAUGAUUGUUAAAGUUGAAGAAUUAGCAGGAAUGGUUCUUAAAUUUAUAGCUAAGUUAGUAGAUUUUAAUCAUUAAAUCUAAAUUAAAGAUGUAGUAUUGACAGUACCAAGCGAAUGGAACAUAAGUUAGAGAUCGUAAUUAAAAAUUAAAUAUUUUGUAUAGAGCUUUAAAAUCAGCUGCUUAAUUGGCAGAAUUAGAGGUCUUAGGAAUUAUUAAUGAAAAUACAGCUGCAGCUUUAUAUUAUGCACUUGAAAGAUAAGAUGAAAAUAAACAUACUGCUUUGUUUUAUAACAUAGGUUCAUAUAAUAUUCAAGUGUCUUUGGUGGAAUUCUAGGCCAUUGAAGCUCAAAAGAAAAAAGUUGAAACUUUAAAAGUACUAGCUGACUAUUCUAUACCUAAUGCAGGUGGAUAAUCUUUAGAUCUCUUGCUAGCAAAUCAUUUUGCCAAAGAGUUUGAUAAUUAGCCAUCAAGAAAAGGAAAGAAAUCAAUAUUUACAAAUUCUAAAGCAAUGAAUAAAUUAUUGAAGGCAGCUAAUAAAUAUAAAGAAAUAUUAUCAGCAAAUAAAGAAACUUAAGUUUAUUUGGAAGGUUUGAUUGAUGGAGAAGAUUAUACUACAUCAAUCUAGAGAUCAACUUUUGAAACCUUAUUUGAAAAUAGACUACAACAAUUAAUUGAUCCAAUUAAUUAUGUUUUAGAAAAAUCUAAUAAAACUAAAGAGGAUAUUAAUAUUGUUGAAUUGAUUGGUGGAGGAAUUAGAGUUCCUAGAAUUUAAUAGACAUUAGCUAAUUAUUUUGGAAGUGUAGAAGUAGGAACACAUUUAAAUGGAGAUGAAUCUAUGGCUUUUGGUGCUGCAUUUCAUGCUGCUAAUCUAUCUCAUUCAUUCAAAGUUAGACCAGUUUAAUUAAGUGAUGGUUUUAGUUUCAGUAGUUUAAUUGAAAUUAAUGGAGUGAAUGAUGAUGAUUUUCAUAAAGAAUUUUCAUUAUUUGGAUAUAAGAAAAAGUAUGGAAGUACUCGUUCUUUAGAAUUUACAUAUGAUAAAAAUUUGAGAUUAGAUAUCUAUGUAGAAAAAGAUGGUUAGAAAUCUAAAUUAAUGUCAUAUCAUUUAAAUAAUAUUACUAAUGCCACAGAACUCAAUUUCAGUAAACCAGAAAUAUCUCUUACUUUUAAAUCCACUUCACAUGAAUUUAUUAAAUUAGAGAGUGCUGAAAUGAAAGUUGAAGAAAUAAAACUCAUUGAAAUUAAACCUAAUAUUACUACAACUAAUACAACCUAAGCUAAAUCUACAAAUAAAACUGAAAAUAAAGAUAAUGAAUCAACUGAAGAGGGUGAUCUAUCUGAAGAAACAGAAAAAUAAACAGAAACUUAAUAAACAGAAGAACCACCAAAAGUAGAAGAAAAUAUCAUAGAAGAACCUAAAUAUAAAAAAUAAAAAAUUAUUCAUACUUUCCCCAUCAAUUAUACAAUUACUCAUCAUGUUGUUUUAGGAUUAAAUCAAUAGGAAAUUGAUGACUCAAAAAAAAUUAUCAAAUAGUUUGAAACAGCUGAAGAAAAUAGUAGAAAAUUAAGUGAAAUUAAAAAUAAAUUAGAAUCUCUUAUUUAUACAGUCAGAGAAGUCAAAGAUGCUGAAUAUUUCUAAAAAGCAUCAACUGAAACUGAAAGAACUGAAAUCUUAAAGACAGUAGAAGAACAUGCUGAAUAUUUAGAUAGUGAUGAGGCAUGGACAGCUGAUUUUGAAAAAUUUAACACUAAAUUUACUUAAUUGAAUAAUUUGUAAUUAUUAUAAUCUUAUUAAAUAGAUUAAAACCAAUUUAAGUAAGAUUGGAUGAAGCUAAGGCUAGACCAUAAGCUGUUAAUGAAACAAUUAAAAAAUUGAAUGAUUUCCAAAAAAAAGCAAGUGCUCUAAAUUCUACAAUGCCUUGGGUUCCUGAAGAGAAAAAAGCUAAAUUCUUAGGACAUCUAACAAACACUACAGAAUGGUUAAAAUCCAAAUUAGAUGAAUAAGAAUAGAGAGAAUUGCAUUAAGAUCCAGUAUUCUUAAUAGAAGAAUUAAAGAAAAAAGUGGAUAAAGUGAGUGAAGAAUACACUAAAUUAAAAGCUAUUCCUAAACCAAAGAAAGUAUAUUAUACAAAUAUUGUUUAAGGCAUAAGAAGAAAAGGAUGAAGAGAAAAAGAAGAAAGAGGAGAAGAAAUAACAAAACAAAAAAGAAUCUGAAUCUGAUUCUGAUUCAAACAAAGAAUAACAAUAAGAAUAAACAAAUUAACAAGAAGAAAAAUAGCAAUAAUAAGAUGAUAAUUUUUAAGAUUAAGAAGACAAUCAAAACUAAGGUGAUGGAGAUCCUAAAAUUGAGGAUUUGUGAU